AUGAAAACGGGUUUCCUUUACGGGAUAGUUGCAAGUUCGAAAACACGAGUCCGCUGCCUAUUCUGCGGAGUCCAUAUACCUAAGGCGAAUAAGUGUAUCGAACAGCACACAAACGGCGCAAGGCACAAGGAAAACGUCGAGCUCAUGACUGAAAAUGGUAUCACUUUCAAGAAUAACAUACUUUAUUGCAAACCUUGCAAAUUGGAACUGUCGUUAGAGGAUUCCAUGAUGCAACAUAUCGACGGUGACAGCCAUUCUAACUGGAUCGUUGCUAUGGAAGAUCUUAUAGAUGGUGAGUUCAUCUCAAUCGAGCCAUAUCUGACUUCUGAAAAAGAAGACGCAUACUGCGAAGUUUGUCAUUCCCCCUUUCAAUGCACUUUGCAAAAUAUUGAGUCACACGUGAAUGGUAUAAACCACAGAACUAAUAUAACGGAGCAUUUGAAACCCCUGAAUGGUAUUUUUCCUGUUGAGAAUGAUGAUGAGGUGUGGUGUAAAAUUUGCAAUACAUUUAUUGACAAUUCACCUCAAAGCAUUCUGGAACACAUUGAUGAUGACGAACAGCACAUGUUUUGGUUCUCCUCUAUAGAGGAUUUAAUAGAAGAACAAGAUAUUACCAUUAAAAGUUUCCUGGCAAACGAAUUUGACAAUAACGCUUAUUGUAAUAGAUGCCACCAAGAAAUUAAUUGCAAUACAAAGAGUUUGGAAGAUCAUAUUAAUAGUGAGGCUCAUCUCACUCAUUUUAGUUAA